AUGCAGUCUCAAGAUCCCAUGGACAACAUCCGGGCUGCGGUGGAGCACGCAGACAAGAACCCCUCCAAGGUCGUCUCCUACUCGUGGUAUCUUGUGCUGAUUUUCGCAGCCGUUGACGUCCUGGUGGCGCUGAUCAACGCUAGCACGAACGACUCCUCCGCGAAUGGCUCGCACGCGGCGUCUUUCGCGUCCGUGUGGACGCUGUUCAUGGUGCUUGGGGUGUCCGUGGCGGGGACAGUCAUCCUCAAGAAGUACCACACCCCGUUGGCCGUGGGGACGCUGCUGGGCCUGACGACCAUGAUGUCUCAGUUCAUGUUUGUGCUGUUCGCGGUGUUCCUCGCCCUCGCCGAGUACGCGGACGAGCCCGGCUUGGCAACGGGGGACCGCACGAUGGCGGUUUUCUCCUUCUUCCUCUUCCUCCUCUACGGCCUCUUUUCGUUCGUUCUGGGCCGUUACCGCACGACGGUGAUGAACACCCCUGGAACCGCCUCGAGCAACGAUGAGGGCGAGUGGCAGGACGAGCCCGGCACUGACGGCAUGGCCCCGGGGACCCCGGUCUAAAGUUGUCCCAAAACAACCGUGCCGCCAACAACGGUAGAGACAACCACAGCACGGGAUUAGCACAGGAGGGAGGGAGGGGCGGGGGGGGGGCGACUACGUGACACCGACGGCGUAACCGGGUUGAGGGAGAUAGGCCACGGGGGUUAAGGGAGCGGCUGCUGUAGGGCAAUGGAGCGGGGGUUGGGGUUGAAGAGGGGACGGAUAGCAGCCUGAAAAUCGGUCGACAGGGGUGCGAGCAUGACGGAGUGGUUGGCCUCCUGGCCGCAGAGCCGGGUCUGUACAGCCUCGUGCUGCUAGCCUGUUGCCGAGUUUUGCACGCAAGCGUUUUUGGGCUUCGUUCCAGCCUUUUUAUUCUCUGGGGGCCUGCUUCCCCUCACGUCUUCCGUCGCUCCAUUGUAUGUCGCUUGCUCAUACGGCUCGGAUUAGAAGCCGCGAGCUGUAGAGAAGUAGGGACCCCCCCACCCUCAGGUACGGAAGGGGGAGGGCCCCCGCAAGGGUGGUCCGAGACGAUCAGGCGGGGAAGAAGUUUUGGCUUGCGAAACCCUCUCUUGUCUGUUCGCCAUCUGCCGCCGCGUACGUCCAACGACUGGUUGUUGUGGUUGAUACGAUCGUUGGCAGAGUUGAUUGUAUAGCUCUUCUGCCCGUGACCCCAAAGGCCGGGGAGGCUGCCUGUCUGGAACUUGUGCAGGUUCGCAUAGAGAGAGGGAGGGAGGCGCAGAGUGUGUCGAACGGUACUGGGGAUGAAAACGAGGAGAGUAAGAGGGGAUACGAUAUAGAUCUCUCACCACCAAGCAAUCUGGAAUUAGGCUGCUUGUGUGCGCCCCUCGGGGUUGUCGUUGUGCUUUAUUCACUCCUAUUUCUGUGUUCAUUUUUGUCAAAUGUUUUUGAGUUUUUUUCUAGCCGGGAAUAUAUAGGAGCAUCUGCAAGACAAGCACGCCGCCUUGUGUGGUUUGUUGCGUAGUCAACGUGGCUUUUUGUCAUCAACCCAAGAGAUUUGAUCUAAAGGCAAAAGAAGCAUUCGGCUAUCUUUGUGGUCCAUUGAA